AUGAAGAGAACACAAGAGUUGGAUUGGAUCGCUGUUGUGUUAAAAAGUCGGAGACUCAGGAUAACGACGUGCCUGCUGGAGGCUAGUCAAAUUUGUAAAUUCGUCAUGAAGACUUCGCGAGCUCACCCAAGAUUCCCGUCUGAUCCGGAUCACGGACGGCCAGUCGGCCACCAAACCUGCCCCCAGAGUCCAGAUGACGAGGCGGACGUCGUGCUGCGCGGGCUCAGCGGCUACAACACGCGGUGGGCGCUCAAGGUGCUGCCGCGUGCCAUGGAGGGCGCGGCCCCGGCGGCCGUGACCGUCUUCUUCGGCGCCAACGACGCCUCGCUGCCCAACCAGGUGCAGGCGCACCAGCACGUGCCGCUCCAGGAGUACCAGAGCAACCUCCGCGCCAUCUGCGCCUACUUCAAGGAGCGAUGGCCCUCCACUGCUAUCAUACUCAUCACUCCCCCACCGAUCUAUGAACCAGCGCGAAUCCGAGACAUGUAUGGAGAUGACGACCCUUCACGCCAACCAGAAAGAAGCAACGAGGCUGCUGGCGCUUAUGCACAGGCAUGCAUAGCUGUUGCCACAGAAUUGAAUCAUCCAGUUAUAGACAUCUGGACGAAGAUGCAGGAAUUUCCAGAUUGGCAAACUGAUGCAUUGAGCGACGGGCUCCACUUCACGCCGGCAGGAAACAAGAUCCUGUUCGACGAGGUGGUGAAGACGCUGGCGAGCAUCGGUUUCAGCCAGGAGAGGCUCCCGUCCGACCUCCCCCUGUUCCACGAGAUCGACCCCAAGGACCCCAUGAAAGCCUUCGGAGCUUGA